CCCUCUCCUCGGCUUCCGGACCGACGAACGAGUUGAACAGAUUCAUCACGACCGGAAGUGUCGAUGAACUUUGCACUCGCCGUUUUCGCUGAACGGAAUCAUGUGGUGGAGGAUAGGUUCUUCUUUGGGCGGUGGAGGAGGAUCGUCUGGAAGGGUGGUUUUGAUGCGGCGACCGUCGGCAGCGGAGCGGAGCGAAGGGGGAGCGGCGUUCGUGAAAAGGUGGAAAUAAUCGAUUCGCUGGAGGAGAGAGAGAGAGAGAGAGUGAGAGGUGGAACGGAGGGAGGAGAAACAAAAAAAAAAUAUAAUUAAAACAAAAGCGAAACAAACAAACGAAGAGAUGCGGGCGCUCUACGCCGGCUGCAAUCUGUUCGGUCAGGUGCUCGGUUCCAGGUCUAUAGCUUUGGAGAAGUUCGGAGACUACGGGGAUGGCGUCCAGGACGUUCUUGCCAUUGGACAUUCGGUGGUCGUGUGCAGAGGUGUCAAGGGUGGCGUGACUCUCAGGGGACACGGUUUGGAGCCGAAGAGGACGCACAUCGUCACGGAGCUCGAGUUCAGGAGGCACGUGGUGGACGCGAGCGCUUCGGACACGAGACUCGUCUUCUUGGACGCGGACGGAGAUCUGCACGUCCUCGAUUUCCUUGACAGAGAGGUGCAGCUCAGAGUUAAGCCCAGAUUCGUGGAGGUCGGCGACAGAGCGGUGAGGAUCUCGUGCGGGUUCGGUAUAAACGUCGCUCUGACGAUCGCCGGACACGUCUACAACAUUCCCAACAAGAUGCGAUUCAGCAACAAGGAGCUGGUGGACGUGAAGACGGGAAACGAGCAUUGCCUCCUGCUGGACAAGACGGGGAACGUCUUCAGCUUCGGAAACGGCAGUCGAGGUCAAUUGGGACACGGGACGCUGGACGCCGAGGAAGAACCUCGACUGGUAGACUUCCUUGCUGGCCUGCAGGUGAUGCAGAUUGCCGCCGGCAGCUGGCAUUCGUGCGCCCUGACGGCAGAUGGCGUCCUCUACGUUUGGGGUUGGAACAGCGACGGACAACUUGGCCUUCCCGGCAGCGUUGUCAUCGCCGUCCCCACAAUGAUGCACAAACCCGACAACGUCGCUUUCGUAGCAGCCGGAAGCAGGCACACCAUCAUAUCCACAUGUGAGUAUAGAUCUUUGCCUAUCCUACAAUCAUCAAUAACAUAAUUUGCUAAUGUCACC